AUGAGUCACUCCUCAGUAACAUCUAGGACUGAUGGAAAUGACAUCGACGUGUUACCCCUUGAGGGCUUAUUCGGCCAGUAUCGCUUUGCAGACGUUCCUAAACUGAAGGCUAUUUUUUAUGCUGAGUUUGACAUUGAUAUUGGUCCUGUCAUACGUUACCAGAUUCCGGAAGAUCAAGUUGUGGUGUCCCCUGAGCGCUUUUCCGCAUUCUCGGCCGCUAUUAUACCUAAAGACGAAAUGUUGAAUCGUCUCGUAAAGCUUAAUUUUCGAGACUACAAAGUUAUGGGACAUCCGAUAGGUCUUAAACAUGAAACUUGGUAUGCUCGUGGGCAGCUGAAUUUUAAUAUGUGCUUUGUGGUAGCGAAGGAAUCAACAAUUGACUGCAUGUAUGAGCCUCUAGUACAGAAAUUCGCCGAAUACCUUGUUGAUUUAGAAAUGGAAUGUGGUUUUCUUCAUGCGCCUGAAAGUCGAUCUCAACUUCCUACAAUAAUGAAUAAAGUGUUCACUGACCUUAAUACCUGUGGAGAAUGUGUACUUCCUGUUACUGAGUUGACUACUCUUUACUUGAAACUGUGCCCUUCAUAUAGAGGCGUGGAACCGCCUAAGGUUAAUCUGUAUAUGGUACCAAUGUUUAUUAGAGCUACGCAGUUGACCCCUGCUGUUAUAGAUAAAAUGGAUGUACUGUGUCAAAAGAUUAUUCCCAAAAUUGAUGGGAUAAGGUGUGUUAAAGAAAUCGCAACGGAAGUGGAAAUCGACACCGAUUUAGUGAUGCGCUGUGUUCGGAAUCUUCAUUUUUAUGAGUGUGUCAGUUUGGUGCCGUUGUUUUUGUAUUCGAACACAUAUGUGGCUACGGAGAAACUCCAUGAUUUCUACACUAAUCCUUGUGAAAUCGAGGUAUUCAACACUUCUCCUGAAUUUAGUUUAUAA